AGAAAAGAUGCGGCUCGACAGAAACGCGCCGAAGGGCGAGAAGAAGAGUUGUCGGAGCAGCCGUGGUGGAGCUCCGCCAAAAGAUGGAGGCGGCGGCGCCCUACCUCGUGAUGACCAUGACUCAAUUCUGCCUUGCCGGCUUCUUGGUUAUCCUGCGGUCCGUCCUCGCCCCCUCCGCGGGCGUCAGCGCCACCGUCCUCGUCGCCUACCAGCAGCUCCUCUCCGCUCUCGUCCUCUCCCUCCUCGCCCUCCUCUUCGACCGACGCCAAGGACCGAAGCCGACCCCCAAAAUCCUUGCUUGGUCCGCCGUGAUCGGUCUCCUACAGAUUCCGCUCGGGGAGCUGAUGUUCACCACGAGCCUGCGCUACGUGACGGCGACGUUCCAGAGCGUGGCCAUGAACACCAUCCCCGUGGCGGUGUUCGUGCUCGCAGCCGCCACCGGCAGGGAGCGGUUCCGGUUCUGCAGCUUGGGUGGGCAGUGGAAGCUCUGGGGGACCCUCGCUUCCGCCACCGGCGCCACCAUCGUGGUGCUCCUGUCGGGCCGGGACUCGGCCGGGUUGACGGCCGGCGAUGGCGGUCGGUUGGUUGGGAUCGUCAUGGUCGGCGUCGCUGUUCUUGCCGAGGCUACCGCGAACCUUUUGGUGGAAAGGGUGGCUCUGCAGUAUCAUGCGGAUCUUAAGCUGUCUGCUAUGAUCACUGUGUUUGGGACUCUCCAGGUUGCAGUAGUUGCAGGCACCAUGGAGAGGGACCUCUCAGCCUGGAGGAUUAAGUGGAGUGGAAGCUUAGAGCUCCUUGCCAUCCUAUAUGGGGGAAUCCUCGUAAAUGGUGUGUCAUAUUUUGCGCGGAAUUGGUGCAUACACAAGAAAGGCCCCGUUUUCGGGUCUGCAUUCUCUCCGCUGCUCGUCGUCUUCUCAUUCCUCCUCCAAAUAAUCUUGAUUGGGGUUACGGAAGAGCUUGCAAGCAUUGUUGGCUCGGUGCUUGUCAUACUGGGUUUAUAUCUUCUUCUGUGGGCAAAAGCUAAAGAUGACAUGGUUGAACAGAGUCAUCCUGUCCAAGCUUCCACUGCAGAACCAUUGCUACCGACAGAGUCUUAGUAGCAGCGGACACAUAGUAUGCCAAAAUUUAAUCUUCUCCUUGAUUUUGAAGCUUGUUGGAUAAAAUUGGAUAUUUUUAUAUAUGAUUCUCUUUAUUUUGAAAGACUACCAAACUUUUUUUUUUUUGAAAAAAAUUAUUUAAACUCAUCCCA